CAGAGACAGUCAACUUUUCCACUGUCAACUAAUCUGAUUUGGAUGAAAUGGAUGACGUUGCCGUGGUCCAAAGCGAAAAUGAGAAUUUACGCAAAGUGCGGACGAGAUUGCUUCAGUGGGAGUCAAGUAGUGACGCGCUUGCUCCAUUAAAUGCUCUACAAUUGGAAUGCUUGGAUGUGAUAAAUAACCAGUGUCGAACCUACAAUGAGGUGCCGGAAGCCACAUCUAACGCAGGCUAUGGAGAACAAUCAACUACUGCGGACAAACCACAUUAUGACUCAACGAGUAUUACCGGCAGUGCAAGUGCGCAAGAAUUACUAAGAUUACCAUCGCCUGGAAUCAACAACAGUAAAGAUUUCCUAUUGUGGUACGAUCGAGUGAAAGAGGAAAUUACACGUCACGCAGAUGCACAUCAUUAUCAGUACUUGCAACAGCUGGAACAACGCGAUGCUGAGUGUGGGGAAAUUUCGGAACAGAUCAACUCCGCAAUGGGGCAGCUCAAGUCGUUGAAUAGUGAAUAUGAAACAGUAUCACAAAAAACUAGUGCACUCAAUACAGCCAGCGAAAAGUUGACGGAGGAGCAAAAACGUUUACAAAAGCUAGGAGAUGAAAUACAGCGACGAUUGCACUAUUUCAGCCAAGUAGAGCUGCUGCAUCAGCGGCUUCAAAGCCCCACACUCUCCGUGGCAAGUGAGGCAUUCCGUGAUUGUUUGGAUCGUAUCGAUGAGUGUCUUGAGUACUUGAGAGCAAAUCCCAAGUUCAAAGAUGCUGGUGCUUACACAGCAAAAUACAAAUACUGUCUAUCGAAAGCCGUGACUUUAAUAAAGAACUACACACAAGUUGCAAUGUCACAAGCGACCGCUGCCACGCUGCAUCCCAAGCAGUCGCAUUUUGCAAUGCUACAAAGCACGACAUCAACUGCAAUAGAAGGUGAAAAGAAAGCCAACACCAUAACAGCAAGUACUUCCCCGGAUGCAGCGUUCGCACUUUAUUAUGGCAAAUAUCAAACAGCUGCUGUGAAAAUUAAGCGCGUGGCACAACUUGUCGAAUCUCGUUUAGAACGCAGUGUAGAAUAUGAACAGCUGCUAGCGGAAAUGCAUCAAAAUUAUCUAAACGAAAGGGCAACUAUUAUGUCACCAGCUGUUAAUAAAGCUAUACAAGAGCUGAAGGCGGCACACAAGGGAGAUCAUUGUGCGCUCACGCGCAGCGCUUGCUCAUUCCUAGUGCAUGUUUGUCAGGACGAGCAAAGGCUCUUUUUCCAGUUUUUCGCGCGGGGCAGCGAUCAAUUGACCACUUAUCUGGAAGGCCUGUGUACCAUAUUGUACGAUACAAUGCGACCUUUCAUUAUACAUAUUAACCACUUGGAGACAUUGGCGGAAAUAUGUUCGAUUUUACGCAUUGAAAUGCUCGAGGAGCAUGUACAACAAAAUCCUGGGGCGCUCGAAGCUUUUGCAAAUACCGCAAAUCAACUACUGCAGGAUGUACAGGAAAGGUUGGUUUUCCGUGCGCAUCUCUAUUUACAAUCGGACAUUUUGAAUUACAAUCCGUCGGCUGGUGAUCUGGCCUAUCCAGAUAAAUUAGAGAUGAUGGAGAGCAUUGCUUUGUCACUGCAGGAGCCACAGCACAUGCGUCGUUAUGACUCGCGGUCUUCGCUCAAUUCAAGUAUUUCAAGUGCAAUAGAAACGGAAAGCGUAGAUACUGCAUAUCGAGCACGUAAUAUAAAUUCAUCUCCGGCGGAUUUGCAUGGCAUGUGGUAUCCCACUGUACGUCGUACAUUAGUAUGUCUUUCGCGUCUUUAUCGUUGCGUGGAUCGACCCAUAUUUCAAGGUCUCUCGCAGGAGGCACUCAAGCUAUGCAUACAAAGCGUGUCCGCAGCCGCUUCCAAAAUUUCAACAGCUAAGACCCCAAUAGAUGGCGAACUGUUCGAAAUCAAGCACUUGCUAAUAUUGCGGGAACAAAUAGCUCCCUUUCGUGUUGACUUUACCAUCAAGGAGACUUCGUUGGAUUUCAGCAAAGUAAAAACUGCUGCUUUUGGUCUUUUACACAAACGUAAACAGCUUUUCACCAUGGGCAGCAAUAAUGCCCUGCUCGAGUUUCUGCUCGAAGGUACACCACAGAUAAAGGAACAUUUACUUGAUUCACGUAAAGAAGUCGAUCGCCAACUCAAAAUGGUGUGUGAGCAAUUUAUUAAGGACGCGGUGCAUAUGUUAGUUUCACCAAUCUUGCAAUUUUUGGAUAAAGCACAAGCAUUAUUACAAACGAAGGACAGCAAAGUUGCCGCAAAUGAAAAAGAAGCUGCUGCACCAAAACUAAAUUACGCCUUACGCCAGAGCGCAUGGGCAAGCCCACAGCAAAUUAGCAGCAUCAUUCAGGAAACACAACGUUUAAUCAAAAGUAAACUAUCAACACUGCAGCGUUCAAUGCAGCUAUACUUAAGUAAUCGUGAUACUGAAUUUAUAAUAUUUCGACCGAUACGAAAUAACAUCAUUCAAACAUUUGUUAAACUGGAACAAAUACUAACCACAAACGGUUACAACAACGACGAUAUGACCAUCACUGGCUGUCCAACGGCUGAACAGGUGUCUGUACUAUUGUCUAGCGCAAGUAUACUGGCGACUGAAGGUAUAGUUAACUUCUCAGCGGCGGCACGAAAAAUCAGUACCUCAUCAAAUGAGGAGACAGCGAUAGGUGUAGCGGCCCCGAGAAGGACAAGCUUCGAAAAACGUGUGUCGUUUGAAGGUGGCGCAACGCCAGUAACUACUAUGGAAAAUCUCCCCGAAAUGCCCGAAUCUGGCUCGUCUGCUGCAUCACCGGCACCACCUCUAACGGUUUCGGAUAACAAUGAGAAUGAAGAAGGCAUAGCGGCGAAAAUUGCUAAGUAGUUCCGUUUACCGGUUAGAUGGGAGCUCACGCAAUGUACAACGUUGAUAGUAUGCUACACGAUUUGAAUUAAAAAUUUAAUUUGUGUUAUUAUUCUUACUUAGUUUAUGUAUGCAUGUAUGUAUAUGUUUCGUUGCUUGCCGAGAACUUAUAUUCCAUAGGCCAGCCUAUUAACCUACAUAUUACUUUUUCAAAUAUUAAUAUAGUGAAAUAUAUUCAGCUACGACUUAUCUAUAUAUA